GCAAAAAAGCCAAAAGUCCCAUUCUCCUUCCUACUUUUUGCUGACGAAUCUUUGAUCUUUCACUUUCAAAUCUUCGCGUUUAGUGUUGAAAAAGGUAGAAAUCAAAGAACAAUGGAGUCUUCGAACAUCGUAGAUGUCGAUGCCGACCCAAAUCUUAAAGAAGAAGUGCUUCUUUUACCAGCUCUUAGUGAUGAUCAAAAGGAGGACAAUGACAAUGAAAGUGACAAUGUCCAACUUAAUGUUACUGAGGAAAGUGUUGGCGCUGAUGGGGCUACUGCUAAUGUUACUAAGGAAGUUGAAUCUGAUGAUGAUGAGGAAGAUCAUAUUAUUGAUGUUUCUGAGUUAACAGACAAUGAAGAUGAAGAGACGCUGCAAGCUGGAAAGAAUGUCAAGUUUUUCAGCAACAUUGAGGACAGCAUUGAGAAAGACCUUGAACCACCAAUAGUUGAUGUAAAGUAUUCUGAUGCAUAUACUACAGUUGAUAAGAUAAGGAGUGAUGAAGAAGAUAUCUAUCUCUCAACAUCUGACGACGAAGUGAGUGAAGGCGAACAUGGUAAAAGGACACGAACAACGCAUAAGGCGCCAAACUGUCCAUGGCAGAUUUAUUUGGCAAUGGACCCACCAACUGAAUCCUGGAUGGUGAAGACAUUUGUGUCUGAGCAUACAUGCCAUUCGCUAUUAAAGAAGAACAAGCGAUGUAGCUCAACAGUAGCUGCACAACACUUGGUGAAGGAGAAGAUUGGGAAGGCAUUUAAGGGUGAUUGCAAGAUGGAAUAUGCUGACUGCAGGCGUGUGAUUGGUCUUGAUGGUGCCUUCCUUAAAGGAGCGUUCAAAGGAGUAUUGUUGGUUACUGUUUCUAGGAAUGCAAACAACCAGAUGUAUCCAUUUGCAUGGGCAGCCGUGGAAGGUGAAACCAUAGAGACCUGGAUCUGGUUCCUUGAGGAGCUGCAAAGAGACAUCGUGAUUAGAUCAGGGAAUGCUGAGUAUAGAACAUGUGCUAGACAUAAAUAUGCCAACUUUCGAAAGAAUAAUGGAGGCAAAGAAUUGAAGGUAGCAUUCUGGAGAUGUGUUAAGGCUAAUACUGAAUAUGACUUCAACAGGGCAUUAACUGAGUUAGGGCGUAUUAAACCAAGUGCAAUCCCUGCCAUCAUGAGCACACACCCUAGGUUUUGGUCAAAGCCUUUCUUCAAAGAAGAUAGUAAAUGCGAUGUUGUCAAUAACAACAUGUGCGAGGUUUUUAAUGGUUUAAUACUGGAAGUAAGACACAAGGUCAUAUUUUCUAUGCUGGAAGACUUACGGGCAAUGUGUGCUCGGAGGAUGGUGGCUAGGAGGGAAUAUGGUACCAAGAAAUUUGUUGGGAAUUUUGGUCCCAAAAUUUGGGCAAAAAUUGUUGCUACCCGAGAAGGUAGCAAGAGAUGCACACUUUUAUGGCUUGAUGGUAACGGGUAUGAAGUUGAUGAUAAUGGGGAGGCAACUUAUAUUGUAAAUGUGGAGAGAAAGACAUGCACUUGCAGAGUUUGGAAUAUGACUGGAAUACCCUGUAGGCAUGCAGUUACUGUGAUUAGCCAUAUACAAGAGAAUGUUGAGGACUAUGUAGCACACUGGUAUAGCAAGCAAAUAUUCAUGGCAAGUUAUGAAUAUGAAGUCCCAGUCAUAGAAGGAAUGGACCAAUGGAAGGAAACUAAAAUGCCACAUGUUCAACCACCAAAUCUAAGAAGAUGCCUGGCAGGCCAAAGAAGAAACGACAGCCAGAAGAAUGAGAGGGGAAAACAUUUGUUGGCAGAAAAAGGAGUACAAAAUGAGGAUCAAGCAACUCCCCAAGAAAAGCAGCCUCAAGACGUUGAUGAAAACAUUGGAGCUAAAGUGGAAAACCCAAUGAGCCAAGUGGAGGAUCCUCUUAGUCAAGUUCUCAAUGAGGCACCUACACCAAAGAGAUUCAGGCAAACAGCAAGAAGAAAACAAGAGGUUUGUGAAGGAAGCUCAAAAAAUGCACAGCCAUGGAAGAGGGCUAAAAAGGACUGUGCAACAACAACCACAGGCCUUUCCCAAUCACAGGCAGCAACUACUUUAGUAGCCAAAGAUAAAGGGAAACAGCCAAAGAAGCUACGAUAGCCAAAGAAGAAACCCUGAAUGGCUGCCAAUGCAUCAAAGUGAGAUUGAUGAAGAUUGAUUUUUUGGUAUUUUGUUAGGUUGAAUAUGUUGGGGUGAGCAUUUUUUGUGCAGGGUUGUAUUUUGUGUAUAACAAUUAUGGUUGGUAAAUGUAGUUAUUGGUUUAAUGUGCAGUCCAUAAUUGUAUUUUUUGCUUAGGUUUUAAUUGCAAAAGUUGGUUUUUGUUUGUAUGUAUAAAACUGCACUUAUUUA